AUGGCCGCGCGCCCCGGGCCGCUGUGGCUCGUGGGUCUGGCGCUAUGCGCGCUGAGCGGCGGUGGCCCCGGCCCGCGCCCCCACGCUGGCUGCCCGGUCCGCCGCCUGGGCCUGCGCGAGCGCCGCGACAUGCAGCGCGAGAUCCUGGCUGUGCUGGGGCUGCCCGGGCGGCCCCGGCCCCGCGCGCCGCCCGCCGCCGCCCGGCUGCCCGCGUCGGCGCCGCUCUUCAUGCUGGACCUGUACCACGCCAUGGCCGACGACGACGACGAGGACGGCGGCCCCCCGGAGUGGCCCCCGGGCCGCGCUGACCUGGUCAUGAGCUUCGUCAACAUGGUGGAGCGUGACCGCACCCUGGGCUACCAGGAGCCCCACUGGAAGGAGUUCCGCUUCGACCUGGCCCAGAUCCCAGAGGGCGAGGCGGUCACCGCCGCCGAGUUCCGGAUUUACAAGCUGGCCAGCGCCCACCUGCUCAACAGGACCCUGCACGUCAGCGUGUUCCAGGUGGUCAGGGAGCAGUCCAACAGGGAGUCUGACUUGUUGUUUUUGGAUCUUCAGACGCUCCGAGCUGGGGACGAGGGCUGGCUGGUGCUGGACGUGACAGCAGCCAGUGACCGCUGGUUGUUGAGCCGGAACAAGGACCUGGCGCUCCGCCUCUAUGUGGAAACGGACGACGGGCACAGCGUGGAUCCUGGCCAGGCCGGUCUGCUGGGGCGACAGGCGCCACGCUCCAAGCAGCCUUUCCUGGUCACCUUUUUCAGGGCAAACCCCAGUCCCAUCCGAGCCCCUCGGGCAGCCAGGCCCCUGAAGAGGAGGCUGCCGAAGAAAACCAACGAGCUGCCGCAUGCAAACAGACUCCCAGGGAUUUUUGACGAUGUUCACGGCGCCCACGGCCGGCAGGUUUGCCGGCGGCAUGAGCUCUACGUCAGCUUCCAGGACCUUGGCUGGCUGGACUGGGUCAUUGCCCCCCAAGGCUACUCGGCCUAUUACUGUGAGGGGGAGUGCUCGUUCCCACUGGAUUCGUGCAUGAACGCCACCAACCACGCCAUCCUGCAGUCCCUGGUGCACCUGAUGAAGCCAGAUGCAGUCCCCAAGGCAUGCUGCGCCCCCACCAAGCUGAGCGCCACCUCCGUGCUCUACUACGACAGCAGCAACAAUGUCAUCCUGCGCAAGCACCGCAACAUGGUGGUCCGGGCCUGCGGCUGCCACUGAGGCCAGUGCCUGCCGCGGGGGGGCCCCCCCGCCCAGGACAGGCCCCUCUCCAGAGCCAGGAAACCCUCAAACCCAGCCAGAUUUCCGGCGGGUUGGCCCUCACCAAUCAAUGUAUCUGUGCU